CCUCGCCGCUCCCGCAGAGAGCAGACACCGGCCGCACCACGCCACGCCGGUACCCGAGCGGGAAACCCACGCUGCGUGUGUCCAGCCGCCGCGCGAAGAGGGCUCGGAGUUGGGGGCUGGCAGGCGGACAGCGGCUGAGGGACGCCGGGGGAGCAUGCCCGCGCAGCCCCGCUGAAUGGCGCCUUCCCUGCGACCCCUCGCCCGGCCGCGGCCGCCAGGGAUGCUGCUCGGCGCGCUCCUGCUCCUGCCGCUCCUCGGCCGCAUUCCAGGAGUAUGGUGCUUUAGCGAACUGGUUUUUAUAAAAGAACCACAGGAUAUAACUGUUACAAGAAAGGAUCCAGUCGUUUUAGAUUGCCAGGCUCAUGGAGAAGUUCCUAUUAAGGUCACUUGGUUGAAAAAUGGAGCCAAAGUGUCUGAAAAUAAGCGGAUCCAGGUUCUGUCCAACGGCUCUUUAUACAUCAGUGAGGUGGAAGGCAAGCGAGGAGAGCAGUAUGAUGAAGGAUUUUAUCAGUGCUUGGCCAUGAACAGACAUGGAGCCAUUCUUAGUCAAAAAGCUCAUCUUACUUUAUCAACUAUUUCUGCAUUUGAAGUUCAGCCAAUUUCUAUUGAGGUCCAAGAAGGUGGAGUUGCUAGAUUUGCAUGCAAGAUUUCAUCAAACCCUCCUGCGGCCAUAACAUGGGAAUUAAAUCGGACAACUCUAUCUGUAACUAUGGACAGUGACAGGAUAACUGCCCUGCCAACAGGAGUACUGCAGAUAUAUGAUGUUGACCAAAGGGAUGCUGGAAAUUACCGUUGUGUUGCUGCUACUAUAGCCCACAGACGUAAAAGUAUGGAGGCCUCUCUCACAGUGAUUCCAGGUAAGGAGUCUAAGUCCUUCCACACACCAACCAUUGUAGCAGGUCCACAAAACGUAACAACAUCCCUUCAUCAGACUGUUGUUUUAGAAUGUGUGGCCACGGGAAAUCCCAAACCAAUCAUUUCUUGGAGCCGUCUUGAUCACAAGUCCAUUGAUGUCUUUAAUACUCGGGUACUUGGAAAUGGUAACCUCAUGAUAUCUGACAUCAGACUGCAACAUGCUGGAGUGUAUGUUUGCCGGGCCACUACCCCAGGCACACGCAACUUUACAGUUGCUAUGGCAACUUUAACUGUAUUGGCUCCUCCUUCAUUUGUCGAAUGGCCAGAAAGUUUAACGAGGCCUCGAGCUGGUACUGCUCGAUUUGUAUGUCAGGCAGAAGGAAUACCCUCACCCAAAAUGUCAUGGUUGAAAAAUGGGAGGAAGAUACAUUCAAAUGGUAGAAUUAAAAUGUACAACAGUAAAUUAGUAAUUAACCAGAUUAUUCCUGAAGAUGAUGCUAUUUAUCAGUGCAUGGCUGAGAACAGCCAAGGAUCAAUUUUAUCUAGAGCCAGACUGACUGUAGUAAUGUCAGAAGACAGACCCAGUGCUCCUUAUAAUGUACAUGCUGAAACCAUGUCGAGUUCAGCCAUCCUUUUAGCUUGGGAGAGGCCACUUUACAAUUCAGACAAAGUCAUCGCUUAUUCUGUACACUACAUGAAAGCAGAAGGUUUAAAUAAUGAAGAGUAUCAAGUAGUCAUUGGAAACGACACCACGCAUUAUAUUAUUGAUGACUUGGAACCUGCCAGCAAUUAUACUUUCUACAUUGUGGCAUAUAUGCCAAUGGGGGCCAGUCAGAUGUCCGACCAUGUGAUACAGAACACUUUAGAGGAUGUUCCCCUGAGACCUCCUGAAAUUAGUUUGACAAGUCGAAGUCCCACUGAUAUCCUCGUCUCCUGGCUGCCCAUCCCAGCCAAGUACCGGCGGGGCCAGGUGGUCCUCUACCGCCUCUCCUUCCGCCUAAGCACUGACAACUCCAUCCAAGUUCUGGAGCUCCCAGGGACCAGUCAUGAGCACCUUUUGGAAGGCCUGAAACCUGAUAGUGUCUACCUGGUGAGGAUUACUGCUGCCACCAGAGUGGGGCUGGGAGAGUCUUCAGUGUGGACCUCACACAGGACACCCAAAGCUACAAGUGUGAAAGCCCCUAAAUCUCCAGAGUUACAUUUGGAACCUCUGAACUGUACCACCAUUUCUGUGAAGUGGCAGCAAGUUGCUGAGGAUACAGCAACCAUUCAAGGCUACAAGCUGUACUACAAAGAGGAGGGGCAGCAGGAGCACGGACCCAUUUUCUUAGAUACCAGUGGCCUUCUCUACACUCUCAGUGGUUUAGACCCAAGAAGGAAGUAUCAUGUGAGACUGCUGGCUUACAACAACAUAGAAGAUGGCUACCAGGCGGAUCAGACAGUUAGUACACCGGGAUGCGUGUCUGUUCGUGAUCGCAUGGUUCCUCCUCCACCACCCCCCCACCAUCUCUAUGCGAAGGCUAACACCUCAUCUUCCAUCUUUCUGCACUGGAGGAGGCCUGCAUUCACCACUGCACAGAUGAUUAACUACACCAUCCGCUGUAACCCCGUUGGCCUGCAGAAUGCUUCUUUGGUUCUGUACCUUCAAACAUCAGAAACUCACAUGUUGGUUCAAGGUCUAGAACCAAACACCAAAUAUGAAUUUGCUGUUCGACUGCAUGUGGAUCAACUUUCCAGUCCCUAGCCCGUUGUCUACCACUCUACACUUCCGGAAGCACCAGCAGGCCCACCAGUUGGAGUGAAAGUGACGUUGAUAGAGGACGACACUGCUCUGGUUUCAUGGAGACCUCCUGAUGGGCCAGAGACAGUUGUGACGCGCUAUACUAUAUUGUACGCAUCCAGGAAGGCCUGGAUUGCAGGGGAGUGGCAGGUCCUCCAUCGAGAAGGAGCAAUAACCAUGGCUCUGCUGGAAAACCUGGUGGCAGGAAAUAUAUAUAUUGUCAAAAUAUCUGCAUCCAAUGAGGUAGGAGAAGGACCCUUUUCAAAUUCUGUGGAGCUGGCAGUUCUUCCAAAGGAAACUCCUGAGUCAAAUCAGAGGCCCAAGCGUUUAGAUUCUGCUGAUGCCAAAGUUUAUUCAGGCUAUUACCAUCUGGACCAGAAAUCAAUGACUGGCAUUGCUGUAGGUGUUGGCAUAGCCUUGACCUGCAUCCUCAUCUGUGGUCUCAUCUUGAUAUACCGAAGUAAAGCCAGGAAAUCAACUGUCUCCAAGACAGGCCAGAAUGGAACUCAGCAGUUACCUCGUAUCAGUGCCUCCCGAGCCAGUGGAAAUGAAGGGAAGAACCUGGAAGGAGCCAUAGAAAAUGAAGAGUCCUUGAUGCCAAUGAUCAUGCCAAAUAGCUUCAUUGAUGCCAAGGGAGGAACUGACCUGAUAAUUAAUAGCUAUGGUCCUAUAGUUAAAAACACCCCUAAGAAAAAAUGGCUCUUUUUCCAAGAUUCUAAGAAGAUAAAAGCUGAGCAGCCUCAAAGAAGAUUUACUCAAGCGGUCUGCCUUUACCAGCCAGGCACUACCAUACUAAUCAGCGAUGAAGACUCCCCCAGCUCCCCAGGUCAGACAGCCAGCUUCCCAAGACCCUUUGGUGUUGCAGCUGAUACUGAGCAUUCAGCCAACAGUGAAGGCAGCCACGAAACUGGGGAUUCUGGAAGGUUCUCCCAUGAAUCCAAUGAUGAAAUACACCUGUCCUCAGUUAUAAGUACCACACCCCUAACCCCCAGUUCCUUCACCGGCAGCGAUUUGGGUGGGGACCCCUUGGUGAGAAAGUGUGAAGAGACUGCAGUGCGGUCGGGUGCUGAGCAAACUUCCUCUUCAGUUUCUCAGCCAGCCCCUGCCAGGCUUUGCUUUGAGAAAAAGGAUUUUCCAAUCUAGACAGCCACAUCCAGGUAUUCUCACCUUUAAGUCUGUUCGAAGGACAAUGAACAGAGAGCCAAAGCCUUUUGUGAAACUCUUGGUAUCUUGGUAUCUUAUUGGGUAUCUCACCUUUUUUGAAUGUUUUUUUUUUAAUCUUUAAGCUCACGUAUUUUGAAUGUUUCAUUGUCAGCAAUGUGAAAAGACAGUCAAGGUGUUUGACUGGAUUAUAAAAUAUAUCACUGGAGCAAAGGGAAGACUUUUGAAAGCCCCU